UUGGGUAUUAAUACUGCACAUUUUCGGGUAUGAUCUAUCACCCUAUGUUUAUUUGUCAAUUUCAAAUGCAUCUCUGAAUAUCUCUCUCGAUAAUCAAAUUAUAUCUCCGGAUGAGCCGUACGUACCAUAUUCGAAUACAGUCAGCACAUCAUUGUCGUAUGUACCGAGUUCUAAUAUUUCGCACAAUAAUAUAGUUUCUCCGGUACCAUACGACAAUAUGUCGCCGCUAAAUUCACCCCAUGAGCCGGUUUUUUCAAGUUUGCCGUCGACCAUAAUGGAGAUCGAAAAAAUUCCCACUCAAGCACCACCAAUGGACAUAGAAGAAGCCACGGAAGAAGAUAUAAUUGACUCCAUGUUUGAAAAUAUUAAUGAAAUAUAUCAAUUAAACGCGUACGAUAUAUCCAAAAUCUCAGCCGCGCUGGAAUAUUCGAAGUCGUUGAAUUUCUAUGAUUUCAAGCUUGACGACGGCAACGAAGAUGAAGUAUUUAUAAAUAAAUUAAACCUAACAUUUAAAAAUAUAGGCACCAUUUCUAGCUUAUUAGAUUAUUUAAAAGCACUAUUAGUAGAUGUAUGUAUUUCAAUCUUAAAUAACGUGAAAAUUUAUGCGUUAAAUUUUUUAGUUAUUUAGAUUUUCUUAUAAAUGCGAUAUAUAAUAUAAUAUUACAUAUCGAAGAGCACCCUUUAAUACAGAUUUUCUUAGAAUCGUUUAUGUUGAACAUUAAUAAUAAAAUAUUGAAUAUAAAAAAUUUUAUGGUAGUGCAACACGAGUCGGUAUACGAUAUACGCUCGUGGUGUAAUUAUUUUUUCAAUCAGAUUCAACAGAGUGAGGUUGAAUCUCGCAUUAUCGAUUUUGAUUUCUGUAUUGUAUUGUAUUUAUUUUUUGGUGUCCCGGUAUUACUAGAAACGAUAUCCUAUUAAAUAAUAAUACUUGUGCAAAUGAAUAUGUGCCUAUAUUUUUAACUAAGAUAUAAAAUUGUAAUAUGUAAUUAUAAUUUGUUAGUUAAGUAUAAUAUAACCGUUUUUUCCUUUGUUUUAUAAUAUUUAUUAUUGACUUGUGUAAAAUGUUAGGUAUAAUUUGUAUAAUUGUAAUAUAACCUGAUAAUCGUUUUUUUUGCUUUCCUUUGUUUUUUUUUUUGUAAAUAUUAGAUAUAAUUUGUAUCGAAAUAUUUUUUAUUGUUAAAAUGUUAGAUAAAUUUGAAUAAUCGUAAUUAAAUCUUACAUAAUUUAUGUAUAUUUAUUCAAUAAAACCAAUAUAUUUGUGAAUUUA